GACCCUCACUGCAUACCCUCCCUGUGCCCCCACAGCGGCUGGUACCAUGGAGAUUGUGUACGUGUAUGUCAAGAAGCGAAGCGAGUUUGGGAAGCAAUGCAACUUCUCAGACCGCCAGGCAGAGCUGAACAUUGACAUCCCAGCCAACCCCGAGCUGGCCAAGCAGUUUGUGGAGAGAAACCCUGUGGACGUGGGCAUCCAGUGCUCCACCAGCAUGUCGGAACAUGAGGUCAACACGGAGCGGCUUGAGCUGGAGACCCGGGGGAUUAACCACGUCGAGGGGGGCUGGCCCAAGGAUGUGAACCCCCUGGAGCUGGAGCAGACCAUCCGCUUCCGGAAGAAGGUGGAGAAGGAUGAGAAGUACAUCAACACCGUCACGCAGCUAGGCUCGAUCAUGGAGCAGUGCAUCAAGCAGAAUAAUGCCAUUGACAUCUACCAGAGGUAUUUUGAUGAUGAAGACGCAGUGGAAGUGAUGGAAGAGGCCCCUUCAGCUAAAACCAUCAACGUUUUCAGGGAUCCCCAGGAAAUCAAGCGACCAGCCACACACCUCUCCUGGCACCCCGAUGGCAACAGAAAGUUGGCAGUGGCAUAUUCUUGCUUGAAUUUUCAACGGGCGCCUGAGGGCAUGAGCCACGAGUCAUACAUCUGGGACCUGGAAAAUCCCAACAAGCCUGAAAUUGUCCUGAAGCCAUCUUCUCCUCUUGUCACCUUGGAGUACAACCCCAAAGAUUCCCAUGUGCUCCUGGGAGGCUGCUACAAUGGGCAGAUCGCCUGUUGGGACACCCGGAAGGGCAGCCUGGUGGCAGAGUUAUCCACAAUUGAGUUCAGCCACCGAGACCCCGUGUAUGGCACCAUCUGGCUGCAGUCAAAGACGGGCACCGAAUGCUUCUCAGCAUCCACAGACGGGCAGGUCAUGUGGUGGGAUAUCCGAAAGAUGAGCGAGCCCACCGAGGUGGUGAUCCUGGACAUCACCAAAAAGGAGCAGUUGGAAAAUGCCUUGGGGGCCAUGUCUCUGGAGUUCGAGUCUACUUUGCCAACCAAGUUCAUGGUGGGCACCGAGCAGGGCAUCGUCGUCUCCUGCAACCGCAAGGCCAAGACGGCAGCUGAGAAGAUCGUAUGCACCUUCUCAGGCCACCAUGGCCCCAUCUAUGCCCUCCAGAGAAACCCGUUCUACCCAAAGAACUUUCUGACCAUCGGUGACUGGACCGCCCGCAUCUGGUCAGAAGACAGCCGGGAGUCGUCCAUCAUGUGGACCAAGUACCACAUGGCUUACCUUACCGAUGGCGCCUGGAGCCCGGUGAGGCCAGCAGUUUUCUUCACCACGAAGAUGGAUGGGACCCUGGACAUCUGGGACUUUGUGUUCAAGCAGUGUGAUCCCGCCCUCAGCCUGAAGGUGUGUGACGAGGCCCUCUUCUGCCUGCGGGUGCAAGACAACGGCUGUUUCAUAGCCUGUGGUUCCCAGCUGGGGACGACCACACUGCUGGAGGUCUCGAGUGGGCUGUGCACCCUGCAGAGGAAUGAGAAAAACAUAGCUUCUUCCAUGUUUGAGCGCGAGACCCGGCGGGAGAAGCUCCUGGAGGCCAGGCAUCGGGAGAUGCGGCUGAAGGAGAAGGGCAAGGCGGCGGGCAGGGACGAUGAGCCGAGGGAGGAGGGCGCCGCCACCAACCUGGAGGAGCUCGUUACCCAGGCGGAGGAGGAGUUCUUCGACGUCAUCUUCACGGAGCUGAAGAAGAGGGAGAUGGAAGCCAUGAAGUCAAAGACCAAACAACCAAGUCUGGAGGCAGAGGAGGAAAUGGAGGGAGAGGACGGAGGGGAGAAGGGAGGCGGCGGCGGCGGCGGAGAGAUGCCGGUCUAGAAGGUCAGCCGUGACCGCGGCCCUGCGCACACCCUCACCUGUUUCCUGCCUCUCAGCAUUGCCCUAGUUUUACGGGGGGAGGACUAGACUCCUCCCUUAAAGUGUCGCUGGAGAAGGCCAGGGAACAAAAGGGCCCUGAGCCAACCCCAACACCCCACAAAUCUCUGGCCCACCCUGACUCACCAAGCCCAGUCCCCAGAGACCCCAGAGGGAGGGAGGGAGGGAGGGCUCAGCCCUGUACCCCUCAUCUCAGUCACCCCAUGCACCUCCCGGCCUACCCUACCUCAGAUCCCACCCAGUCUUUCAGCCUGGCCCUGCGUGGCCCCCUGGAUUCACUUCUCAGGGGCUUUCCCGACAAUCAUUUUCCUUCCCAAGCUUACAAAGCCUCGACUGGUCUUGCCACAGCCAUGGCGGGGCCUCGGGCAGACUGUGGGUGAGGAAAUGGGUUUGUCCUUCUGUACUGACCCUCCCCAUCCACACGCCACCCAGAAGCAGGAAGUCUGUCCCCUUCUAAGAUGUCUUUCUCGGCAACUCCCCAAGGCAUGUCUACCUCCCAGAGCGUGAGCGUGGAUCACUCACAGCAGCUCGGUGCUUCUUGUGCAUGUGUGAGCGUCCCAGAAUCUUCAUUCUUGUCAAAUUAAACUAACAGUAA